AUGGGCUACAUUCAGUUCGACAAAGAGGCCGUUCCGGCCGACAAUCUGGUCCCGCUGGAUCUGUUGAGUGCCCAGCUAGCGAAACAACGGCGGGAACAAGAACGCUGCGCGUGGCAGCCACAGCAGCCACAGGAGCUGCUGACGCGUGCGUCACUCACCUCCGCGGUUGGCGCGGAGGUGUGGGCGUUGCUUUGGGGCAUGCCCGUGUGCGGGCCGGAGUUUGGCGACGAUCUCUGUACGCGCCAGCAGAUCUCGCUGGACGAGGAGACCUGCGGCAUGCGCCUAGACACCACCGCGGUGUCGGCGGGGGUCUCGGACGAAGCGUCUUUGACGGUGACUCCGGCGGUGACUCCGGCGGUGACUCCGGGCGAAAGCCCCUCGGCGGCUGUGGUCGAGGAAGGCGCGCGCUGUUCCGCGGAGUCCUGCGAACCCCGCGGAACCGUUGCCGUGGCGGGCCGCGGAAGCGGCCCGCAUGAGUUUCAAUGCGCCUUUUGUCCGUCGAGUUUCCGCGUGAAAAGCUAUCUUACGCGGCACGCCAAGAAACACGCCCUGAACAAAGAGUUCCGAUGUCCGUUUCGGAGCCGGGCGUGCAAGUGCCAUGCUACGGGAGAGUUUUCACGGCGGGACUCGCUCAAGAUGCAUCUCAAGAGUAUUCAUUUUGUAUACCCGGUCGGAACGAGUCGGGCGCAGUACAACCGGUCACCGGGCCGGUGCGCGGCGUGUUUCCAGGAGUUCGACAGCAGUGUCGCGUGGCUCGCGACACACGUCGAGCCACGCGCGUGCCCGGCGCUAACGGAAGCGGUGUGGGAAAAUUGCAGUAUGUAG